AUGAUAACAUUAUUUAACGAUUCCGAUUCCGAAUCCAAUGUUAGCUUAUUUCCAUCGAGUGCAAGCUCUACAACCUUGAUCUCCAAAACUGCAAGCUCUACAACCUCGAUCUCUAAAACUGCAAGCUCUACAAUCGCAAGCUUAAAAACCGCAGCCCAAAGCAAUGAUAUUCCAAAAAGAAUGCCGGAUUUCCAGUAUUUUCGAAAACUGUGGUGGGACAAAGGUGAAUUUAGUUUAUUCGCAAAUUGGGAAGAAGCUUCACUUCCGUAUGAACUUGCUGUUGGUGUCACUUUAGAGGAAUAUGAACGACGCUCGGAGGAGUUUAAUGUUCGUGGCUGUUGGGAAUGGAUUAAUGGCAAAGUUAUAAUUUAUGAAUUGUCCUCAGAACCGCAUGAAGUUUGUAUUGAGACCUAUGCCGAUGGUUCUGCAAAAGAGGCCGACAAUUCAUUUCGUCCAAAAAAACAAGACACAACUUAUCCAAAUGGAAUUGAUGGAGCAACUCGCCCUUGGCCAAAUCUUAUAAUCGAAGUUGCUUAUUCCGAGUCAAUAGAUCAUGUUACAGACAAGGUGAUGAACUACUGGUUAAAGCCAGAUCGUGUUCAUGAUUGCGUUGUUAUAAAAAUUGUACCAGAGCCUCACGGUCAAAUACCUACUCGUAUGAUAGCAUGGCAUUAUUGUAUUUCGGAUAGAAGAACAAGAAAUACACUUCCAGUUAGAACUAUGUUUGAAUUCGGUACUACUGAUGGAAAUGGAAAUUCUCUGACUUUUCCGCAAG